AUGGCCGAGCUGCCCCUGCGCCAGGAGUUUCCACCGAUCGACCAGCGAGGCGGUCCCGGCCCCAAUGGUGGGCCACUGAACGCGCCGUAUCCGGAUCAGCGGCCGCCAUACGGACGCGACGAUUUGCGCGGCCGUCAUCGCAGUGACAGUCGCGACAAUUACGACAUGCGGUUCCGUGGCCCACGUGGCCGCAGUCGCAGUCGCAGUCCGCCCCGUCGGGGCCGUGGACCGCCGGAGUGGGACGCUGGGCCUCGUUUUGAUGACGCAGGACCUGCUCGUCGGGACACGCGGCCGUCGUCGGUAGUGCCCGAGCCGCUCGUGUCGUACAAAGUGUGGAUCAUGCGGCAGACGGACGAGCUGUCGCCCGAGGUGUACCAGCAGCGCUACGAGGAGUACAAGAAGAAGCACGUGCAGCGCGUGUUGCGUGCGUUCUUUGACCAGCACAAGCGCGAAGAGUGGCUGCAAGAGCGCUACUCGCCUGCGCUGCGGCACCGGGUCGAGAAGCAAAAGAUGCUGCAGCAGAUGAACGAAGCCAAGCAGUUUGGCGAGCGCGUGCGCUCGGGCACGACUAAAAUUUGUCUGGACGAACAGCAAACGACGGACAGCAGUAGCGGGACCCCUGGAGAGGAUUUUGCAAAUGAUAUGGAGCUCAGCGCGCGCGUGCUGUACGUGCGCCGGGUGCCGUGUGCGUGUCCUGUUGGCACACUGAGUGAGACGAUCAAGAAGGCGGGAGGCCCUUUUGUGCAUUUGUACCUAUCGGAUCCCGUGAAGAAGAGCGCGUUUGACUUUGAUCGAUCCGCGUACAUCAUCUACGAAAGUGCAGCAGCUGCAAGUGAUGCCAUGCCCAAGAUCCACAACACGUUUGUGGAAGACAGUAACCAGUUUCCGCCUUUUCGUCUCCAAGUGUCUUCCCACCGUGCUCGUGCACCGCUCAAGACUCCGUCGUACUUGUCGGUGCCGGAGCGUCUGACAGCUGACUACAAGCAGUCUCUUGCGCUGGCCAAGGCGCUCGACUUGCGUUUGUUUCACGGUGCCGAAGACAAGCUAGCACGUUUUGGUAUUGAAGCUCUGCUGGCAUCCGAGGAAGUUGCGCCGACUCUCUUGACGGACAAGGCAAAGCUGGACGUUGUGAUAGCAUAUUUGCGCCGAGUGCACCACUAUAUUUAUUACGCAGGUGUGCAAUGCCUCGACAUGGGUGACAUAAUGCACGCGCAUCCUGCGCUGUUUUGCCGUCCGCCGCCUUCCGCUCGCGAUCUAGAGGAAGAGAAGGCUAGACAGUCGGCUGCGGCAGCUGACGCUUUGAAGUCGGAAGAAGAUGCUGUUGCAGAAAAGAAUAAGGAUGACACGGCAAACGCCGAAGCAGGAGAGAGAAAAGAGUCGUCAGCUUCGUUGACAGGAGAAACUGCUAAGGCGGUUGGCGGGUGGGCAGCCGCAUUGGAUGAUAAGGUGCAAGCGUAUCUGAAAGAGCUGGCGCCCGAAGUCGUGGAGGCCAAGCGUGCCAAGAACCGUGCUUUGGUCGAUGAGAUAGAAGCUCGCGAAGAGGCUGCACUGGAAAGCACGUACGCAAACUAUGGCGAGAAGGCCAGCGAUGAUGGCAAACACCGUUGUCGGCUGUGCACAAAGCUGUUUAAGGCCAUGGACUUUGUGAAGAAGCACAUUCGCAACAAGCAUCCUGAGCUGGCGGUCGACAAAAUCGCCGAGGUGGGUGAGAGCUACAUGUGGGAGCAGUACCGCGAGGACGAACACCACCCGAUGCCUCCUCUUGAAACAAGCAACAGCGUAUUAGGAGGUGCUAUACUUGGUGGACGUGGAGGACCGAAUGGCGGCCGCAAUGGCAGUGGCUAUCGUGGACGACCUGACAGAGACUUUGGUGGAGGAGGCGGCGGCCGAGGCAUGUACCGCGACGAAGGUCCCCGUGGCCGUGGUCCGCCGAUGCGCGAUGACCACAUGCGAAGAGGUUCGUUUGACCGACCUCCGCGCUCCCCUCCUCGACACAAUGGCAACGGCAACAAUGGUCGCUCGCCUCCGCGUGGUCCUCCUUCUGGCGGACCUCGUGUACCAGACAGAGAUUUGCCAGUGGAUCCUCGCCAAGUGUCGACGUCGUACCGCGACCUGGACAACCUGCAGGACACCAAAGUGGAGCUAAGCUUUGACGCACUUGACAGCUUACCGCCUCCGAAGAAGAAAACGAAGGUAUGA